UGUAGUAUCAGUAUAUAAGCGUCACAAGACCUCUUCAAACGCAUAAAUCUUUCUUUCUACUUUCAUUUUCUAACAUUCAUAAAGUUAUCACUUCUCUCUCACAAUGAAACAACCUCACUCGCAACCGCAACCGCGAUUUCACCUCUUCAUCCUCCUCCUAAUAGCCAUCAUAGCCACCGUCUCUUCCUCUUCUUCUCCACUAGACCCAAAGCAGCUCAAAGCUCUCAAAAUCCUCACAGUAACCAAAGAUCCUUGCAACAACAACCACUCCUCAACCACCAUAACUUGCGACGAUGCUAACCCUUUCCGCCACAUAACCUCUCUCUCCUUCAAAAACUCAUCCUCCCUCCCCUCAAAAACCCUAAAACCUCUCUCCAAAACCCUCCUCUCCCUCUCCUUCCUCAACUGCCCUUCUCUCUCCCCUCCAAAGCACCUCCCAACCUCCCUCCACACCUUCUCCUCCCUCUCCUCCUUCCACCGUCACCCCCUCUCAGGCGUCUACCUCGCCCGUCUCAUCAACCUCACAACCCUCACCAUCUCCUCAACCCCAAUCAAAGCCUCCGGUCUCUACGUCAUCCUCGGAAACAUGCCUAACAUCACAACCCUCACACUCUCAUCCUCAAACCUCCCCGGAAAAAUCCCCAAAACGUUUCACUCAAACCUCACUCACAUCGACCUAUCAAACAACCUACUCAGAGGCUCCCUAAGACGCUCCAUCACACUCCUCACAAACCUCGAGUCCUUGAACUUAUCUCGCAACUCACUCUCCGGGGAGAUACCGAACAGCAUCGGAGACUUAACUCUGCUGAAAAACUUGUCACUAGCUUCCAACAGAUUCUCAGGACUAAUACCAAACUCGGUCUCCUAUCUUUCUCAGCUGACGCAUUUGGAUCUAAGCGGGAAUAAGUUAAACGGCGUCGUUCCGAGAUUCUUUUCCGGGAUGGAGAGUCUCAAACACUUGAACCUCGCUGAUAACUCCUUCCGUGGAGUUUUACCGUACAACGAAAGCUUCAUCAAGAAACUAGAGUUUUUCCAAGUUAGAGGGAACAGUGGUCUCUGUUAUAACAAUACUGUUGUUUCUUGGAAACUGAAUCUUGGUAUUGCUCCGUGUGAUAAGUACGGUUUGCCGUUAUCACCAUCUCCGCCGCGGAAGGAGGAGGACUCCACGUCGGAGGAGGAGGAAGAUGAUUACGACGAGGAUGGGGAUAAGAAAGAAGAGGAAGAUGGGUCUGAUAACAAGAUUGUGCUUGGUGUAGCCAUUGGUCUUUCUUGGCUUGUGUUCUUGAUCGUUUUCCUCAUCCUUCUUGCUAAAUGGAGUGUUGUUUCGAAAUAAGCCAGACCGUUGGGGUUUAAAUCCGGUACAGGUCCGGUUUAGGAUUCUUUUUUUUUUUUUUGUUGCUUUUGUAAUUGUUUUGCAUUUGAGUGUGUGAGAGAGAGUAAAUGAAUGGGAAAGUUAUGAUUAUGUUCUUCUCUCAUUUUCUCCAAAUUUUGUUAUUGUGAAUUGUGAUUUUGUGGGUUUAUAAGGCUUCAUUCAUGAUGACUGUCUGAAAUGUAUAUUUUGG